GAUAUGGGCUGCCUCCUUUUGCACAGCUCUUCUUAACCUGGGCAGAGUUAAGGAGGCUGUGACAUCAGCAGGCUAACAGAAUAAGGUGGGUAAGCAUCAGCAGGCACUGAGUGGACUUUCAGUGCAAGGAUAGGAGGCUGUGCCUGCAGCUGCCAGCAGCACCUAGUCACUAUGCAGAGGUCCCCGCUGGAGAAAGCCAACAUCUUCUCUAAGCUCUUCUUCAGUUGGACCAAGCCUAUCCUGAAGAAAGGAUACAGGCAACGAUUGGAAUUGUCAGACAUUUAUCAAAUUCCUACUGGAGACUCUGCAGAUAAUCUGUCUGAACGACUUGAAAGAGAAUGGGACAGGGAAUUGGCAACAUCAAAGACAAAUCCCAAAUUAAUCAAUGCACUCAAGCGAUGUUUUUUCUGGAAAUUUCUUUUCUAUGGUAUCCUACUAUAUCUUGGGGAAGUCACCAAAGCUGUUCAACCACUUCUUCUUGGAAGAAUCAUAGCCUCUUAUGAUGAAAGUAAUACACUGGAGCGGUCCAUAGCUUACUAUCUAGCAGUAGGCUUGUCUCUACUCUUUGCUGUCAGAAUGCUGCUUCUACAUCCUGCCAUAUUCGGACUACAUCGUAUUGGAAUGCAAAUGAGGAUAGCAAUGUUCAGUUUAAUUUAUAAAAAAACAUUAAAACUAUCAAGCAAAGUUUUAGAUAAAAUAAGCACUGGACAGCUUGUAAGUCUUCUCUCAAACAACCUAAACAAAUUUGAUGAGGGUUUGGCCUUGGCUCAUUUUGUAUGGAUUGCUCCACUUCAAGUGAUUCUUUUGAUGGGUCUAAUUUGGGACUUACUGCAAGCUUCUGCUUUCUGUGGCCUGGGCUUCCUAGUUAUUCUUGCAUUGUUUCAAGCAUGGUUGGGGCAAAGGAUGAUGAAGUAUAGAGACAGAAGAGCAGGAAAGAUCAAUGAAAGACUUGUACUCACUUCUGAAAUAAUUGACAAUGUACAUUCAGUAAAAGCCUAUUGUUGGGAAGAUGCAAUGGAAAAAAUAAUUCAGUUACUUAGAGAGACUGAACUGAAGCUCACCAGAAAAGCUGCUUAUGUGAGAUAUUUUAACAGCUCAGCCUUUUUCUUCUCUGGCUUCUUUGUGGUGUUUCUUUCCAUACUUCCUCAUUUGCUAACUGAUGGGAUUUCUGUCCGAAAGAUCUUCACCACCAUUUCAUUUUGCAUUGUUCUACGUAUGACUGUUACACGCCAAUUCCCCUGGGCUGUGCAGACCUGGUACGACUCUCUUGGAGUUAUAAAUAAAAUACAGGAUUUCUUACAAAAAGAUGAAUAUAAGUCACUGGAGUACAAUCUGACAACCACUGAUGUGGCAAUGGAAAAUGUAACUGCUUCCUGGGAUGAGGGAAUUGGAGAAGCUUUUGGAAAAGCUAUGCUUGAAAAUGGAGGCAGUGCUUCUAAGGAAGACCCCAACCUGUUUUUCAGCAACUUCUCAUUGCAUAUGACUGCUGUGCUUUCUAACAUCAGUUUUAGUCUAGACAAGGGACAGCUGCUGGCAAUUGCAGGUUCUACAGGAUCUGGAAAGACAUCUCUUUUAAUGAUGAUCAUGGGAGAAUUAGAACCAUCAGCAGGAAAAAUAAGACAUAGCGGAAGGAUAUCAUUUUCACCUCAAUUCUCCUGGAUCAUGCCUGGUACCAUCAAGGAGAACAUUGUGUUUGGAGUAUCGUAUGACCAAUACAGAUAUUUAAGUGUCAUUAAAGCCUGCCAACUGGAAGAGGACAUUGGAAAGUUUCCAGAAAAGGAUAAUACCAUCCUAGGCGAAGGAGGAAUAACACUUAGUGGAGGUCAGCGGGCAAGAAUAUCUCUAGCAAGAGCUGUCUACAAAGAUGCUGACCUCUACUUAUUGGACUCUCCAUUCAGUUAUCUUGAUUUGUUUACAGAAAAAGAAAUAUUUGAAAACUGCAUAUGUAAGCUAAUGGCCAACAAGACCAGAAUUCUUGUUACAUCAAAAUUAGAACAGCUUAAGAAAGCUGACAAAAUUCUCAUGUUACAUGAAGGCAGCUGUUACUUUUAUGGAACAUUUACAGAACUUCAAGAUCAACGUCCUGACUUCAGCUCUCAGCUGAUGGGAUUUGAUGCUUUUGAUAACUUUAGUGCAGACAGGAGAAAUUCCAUACUAACAGAAACCUUGCGGCGAUUCUCAGUCGACAGUGAUUCACUAGUUGUUAGAAAUGAAGUAAAAAAUAAGUCAUUCAAACAAACCUCUGAAUUUAUGGAAAAGAGAAAAAAUUCCCUUAUUAAUGCUCGGAAAUCAAGUAGAAAAUUUUCUAUCAUGCAGAAAUCUCAACCACAAAUGGGAGGAAUAGAAGAAGAGUCUCCCACUGAGCCAGAGGAAAGGAAGCUCUCUUUGGUUCCAGAUUCAGAACAAGGAGAAGCAAUCCUGCCAAGGAGUAAUAUUCUCAACACUGGCCCAACUUUUCAAGGUCGAAGAAGGCAAUCUGUGUUAAACUUAAUGACAGGUACAUCUGUCUCACAAAGUCAAGGAGCUUUUGGAAGGGGAACAUCCAUGAGGAAGGUGUCAAUGGCUCCACAAUCCAAUUUAUCACCGGAAUUAGACAUCUACAGCAGACGUUCCUCACAAGACAGUGUCUUGGAAAUAAGUGAAGACAUUAAUGAGGAAGAUUUGAAGGAAUGUUUCCUUGAUGAUACAGACACCGCAACACCAACUACUUCUUGGAACACUUAUUUUAGAUAUGUUUCUGCCCACAAGAAUCUAAUCUUUAUUCUUAUUCUUGUCCUAGUGAUUUUCUUAGCAGAGGUUGCUGCUUCCUUGACUGGACUUUUGCUGAUCAGUCAAAGCAGUCCUGAAUCUAAUAAAACAACAAAUGGAUCCUCUAAGGCACCAAUAAUCGUGACCCAAACAAGUUCUUACUACGUGUUUUAUAUUUAUGUUGGUGUGGCUGACUCCCUGCUGGCAAUGGGCAUAUUUCGUGGCUUACCACUGGUACAUGGCCUCAUAUCCGUCUCCAAAGUGUUACAUCAGAAAAUGUUAAAUGCCAUUCUUCAUGCCCCAAUGUCCACUUUCAGUACAAUGAGAGCUGGGCGGAUCCUUAACAGAUUUUCAAAGGAUAUAACUAUCUUAGAUGAUCUGCUGCCUCUGACAAUAUUUGACUUCAUACAGUUGUUGCUUAUUGUAAUUGGGGCGAUCACGGUGGUUUCCAUUUUGGAGCCUUACAUCUUGUUGGCUACUGUCCCUGUGAUUAUUGCUUUUGUUCUACUAAGAUCGUAUUUUCUGCACACUUCCCAGCAACUAAAACAAUUAGAAUCUGAAGCCCGCAGUCCAAUUUUCACUCACUUGAUAACCAGUUUAAAGGGUUUGUGGACUCUAAGAGCUUUUGGACGGCAGCCAUAUUUUGAAACCCUUUUUCAUAAGGCACUGAAUUUACAUACAGCAAACUGGUUUCUCUACCUGUCCACGCUUCGAUGGUUCCAAAUGACUAUUGAAAUGAUCUUUGUCAUCUUUUUCUGUGCUGUUGCAUUUAUCUCUAUUGCAACAUCAGGUGCUGGACGAGAAAAAGUUGGAAUAGUUUUGACCCUGGCUAUGAAUAUUAUGAAUACUCUACAGUGGGCAGUAAAUUCAAGUAUUGAUGUGGACAGUUUGAUGCGAUCAGUUAGCAGAAUUUUUAAAUUUAUUGAUCUUCCGAGAGAAGAUGCAUCAAACAAAAAUAAUGAGAAUUUAUCAGAGGUUCUUAUAAUUGAAAAUGAAUAUACCAAGAAAGAUCCAGAUUGGCCCUCUGGGGGUCAAAUGACUGUCAAAAACCUGUCUGCAACGUAUGUGGAAGGAGGUCAUGCUGUUUUAGAAAAUAUCUCAUUUUCUGUUAGUCCAGGUCAAAGGGUUGGCUUAUUGGGAAGAAGUGGUUCUGGAAAAAGCACCUUAUUAUCUGCCUUUCUGAGAUUAUUGUCAACUCAAGGAGAAAUUCUAAUUGAUGGAGUAUCUUGGCAGACAUUACCACUUCAGAAAUGGAGAAAAGCUUUUGGAGUUGUUCCACAGAAAGUUUUCAUAUUUUCUGGGACAUUCCGGAAAAACCUUGACCCUUACGGAAAGCACAGUGAUGAAGAAAUCUGGAAAGUAACUGAAGAGGUUGGGCUGAAGUCAAUCAUUGAGCAGUUCCCAGGUCAGCUGGACUUUGUGCUCCUGGAUGGUGGAUAUGUUCUAAGUCAUGGACACAAGCAGUUGGUGUGUUUGGCCAGAUCAGUUCUUAGCAAGGCCAAGAUUCUUCUGCUGGAUGAACCUAGCGCUCACUUAGAUCCAAUAACAUUUCAGAUUAUUAGGAAAACUCUGAAGCACGCAUUUGCUAAUUGUACAGUCAUCUUGUGUGAACACAGACUGGAAGCCAUGCUCGAAUGUCAGUUCUUUCUGGUGAUCGAAGAGAACACAGUGCGGCAAUAUGAUUCCAUACAGAAAAUCAUGAAUGAGAAAAGUUUCUUCAAACAGGCCAUAAGUCACUCAGAUCGCUUGAAACUAUUCCCACUGCACCGCCGCAACUCAAGUAAGGGAAAGUCCAAACUCAAAAUCACUGCCUUACAGGAAGAAACAGAGGAAGAGGUACAAGAGACAAGAUUGUGAUGAAGUAUGAUGCAACAGAUCUACAACAAAGUUUUUAUUGCUUCCUAUACAAAGAAGGUGGUGAUAAGACUAAAGAAUGUAGCAGUCUUGAUAACAUUCUUUCAAUAAUAUAUUGGAUUUUGCAAAUAUAUCUUAUGGGCAUUUAAAAUUCACUUGUUUCAUAGUAGCCUGUAUUCUGGUGCUAAGAAUCAGCUAAGGAAAUGUAAUAUGACCUGUUGCAAAUCUUAGAGAAAGCAUAAGUAUAUUUCAUGAUCUCAUUUGAAGUCAUACAGUUGUCAUUCUUAGUACAGAAGCCAUAUUAAGUCAUAUUUACUUCAGACUGCUGUGCAUUCCAAAAUACUUAUGCAUUACAUAGGUUAAAUAUCAGGACAAUAUACAAUACCAUCACAAUAUCAGAUAUUAAAAGCUAUUUUCAAUAUCUGUCAUACAGUAGGAAACCCCCAUAAAAUGUUUGGGAUUUAAAUUAAAAGCACAUGACCAACUAUGUUGGAAUAUUAUCUUUAAAAAAAAGUUUAGCUGAAAGUGUUCUAAUAAUGUAACUGAUAGUUCUCUAAAGCUGUUCAGGGGGAAGCAAUGUAUGGGGAGUUAAUAGGAGGGUGCACCUUGUUAGUGCAAAUAAUAAUUGUAAGAACGUUAUUGAUGCAUUAAAUAUCAGAGUGUCCAUUACACUUUUCACUGCCAUGUUUUCUAGCAUUAUAGAGGUUCUAAUAUAUUUUUUUGUGUAUUUUUAGGCCUAUAUAUUCUAGAAAAGCUAUAUAUUUAUAAAAAAAAAUGCAAACAUCUGCUAUAUAAUGCUAAAUGACAGAAUAGCAUUUCAGUAUCAUCAUUUUUUUUUAACUUAGAUUCCUCAUUUUAUUUUGUACAUAUUUUGUGAAAGUAUUUAUUUUAUUUGCUAUGUAAACGCCAGUUUCUUAUAGCAUGUAAACUAUGCGCUUACAGUCUGAUUUCAAUACCAAGUAAAGGAAGGUGUGGUGUGCUGCAUACCCAAAAUGUAUAUUUAAAAUAGUAAAUGCCCCUAAUGUAUUAUUAUAUAUCAAAUAAUAUUCAGAGCCGCUAAUAUAACAUAUGGUAAAGGUAAAUGUAAGGUAGUAAGGUAUGGGAACAACUGACAGAAAAAAAAAAUUUACUUUGCAGUUAAAGUGCAUACAUUUUUUAGUAGUUUAUAUGGGAACUUACCACUGGGAGAAAAAGGCUACACAUUUUUUACAAACAUAGGGACUGAUUUAUCAUCGCUUGUGUUAGUACACAAACUGUAAGGGAGGAAUUUAUCGCAUUUUACAUGUCUUGUGGUGUGUUAAAAAAGGCACAAAUUUCGUGCAUCCCUGGUCUUGCUUACUUGAAUGAUUUUGCCCUUUGACCUUGCAGUGGUUGUGAAAAUAAUAACUUGCUAUUAGCUUAAUUUAAUUUCAUGCCACGCACUCCAUUCAUUUCAGUUUGGAGCAGAGAUGAAGUAGACUUAAACGUUUGCAGCCCUGCAGAUUUAAACUGUAGGAGCAGAUAGAGAUAUUGCUAAAAUAACUUGAGCAUCUUACCCUAAAUGGGAAUUAUAAUCUAUUUGUGUGUCUGUAGAGAGAGACAGAACCUUCAAGCUAAUGAAGUCUUGUGAUCACAGCAGCAUUGACUCUGAAGCAAGCAAUGUGUAAGGGUAUGUUUACUCAGAGUACUUUGGUAAGUAAGUUGGUCAGUAUUUUGAGCCAAAAUACAGAAGAGGUGCAAAUCCUUCCAUAAUAGUUUUUCUCUAUGUCAGUCCCACUCCUGACGUUGGCUAAAAUACUGACAAAAAUACUGACCAAAAUACUAUGUGUAAACAUAGCCCAAGAGUUUACUAAAAUAGGAGGAGGAACAGUGUCUAGUAUAAUAUAAGCUUGCAGGCUUAUUGAAACAGUGACAAGAUUUCAGUUCUGCUGUAUUUAUGACAUUGUCAUGAAUCCCCGAUAUAUGUGACAGACACAUUUCACUGUAAUUACCAUAUAGACCUUUCUUAUUACUAAAUUUCUAGGAUUAGGAACAUAUGUUCUUGCUUUUAUCAGAAUGCGGUUUGCCAAACUAACAGACUAAAUUAUUAGGGUCUACUCACACCUACAGUACCCUGCACAUAUUUGAAGCACAGGAUUUGAUGCUGCAGAUUUGAAGCUGUGUUCAGUCAUUUAGUUCACACUGAAAUCUGCAGCAUGCAUUUUUAGCUUCAAAUCCUGCAUAUCAUAUAUGUGCAGGAUACUGUACUUGUAAUAAGACUCUUAAAGUGAAAACUGUAAUCUUUUGAAGAACAUCCUUUAUCUGAAACUUGCAUAUAAAAACUUGUGAUUUUUUUUUAAGUUCCUAUAGUUAAAGUCCAUAUUCCACUUGAAAAGUCCCUUUGUAUGAUAAUGAAAUGCCUCCUGCUUUAAUAGGCUGCCCUUCUCCACUAGUCAUGCUAUAAAUAACUUCCUGUUUCAGUGAUUGUGGUCACCUGUCUUUCUUUGCAGCACUUUACAGGUACACUUUAAAUGGGCAGUUUUCUUUAAAGCGCAACUGUCAUGAGUUAUUAGCCCCCCCAGACUACUACAAU